AUGGAUGGGGAAGUUCGCAAGUUUCUGGAGCUGUGGCUAAACCACACUUUCACACUGACACUGCCCCCUUGCUUACUCGGGGACUUGCACACUGUGCUCGGGGACUUAGACUACACUGAGUGGGACUUUUCUGCAGAGAGACACACAGGGGAGAAACCUUAUAGCUGUGAUCAAUGUGGGAAGAGUUUCUACAGAUCAGAACACCUGAAUAAACACCAGAGAACACACACAGGAGAGAAACCUUAUAGCUGUGAUCAAUGUGGGAAGAGAUUCACAUCAUCAGGCACUGACUUACACCAGAGAACACACACAGGAGAGAAACCUUAUAGCUGUGAUCAAUGUGGGAAGAGAUUUGCUACAUCUAGCAGCCUGACUCUACACCAGAGAACACACACAGGAGAGAAACCUUAUAGCUGUGAUCAAUGUGGGAGGAGUUUUAGUCAAUCUGGCCAUCUGACUCUACACCAGAGAACACACACAGGAGAGAAACCUUAUAGCUGUGAUCAAUGUGGGAAGAGAUUUGCUACAUCUGCCAGCCUGACUCUACACCAGAGAACACACACAGGAGAGAAACCUUAUAGCUGUGAUCAAUGUGGGAAGAGAUUUGCUACAUCUGGCAACCUGACUCUACACCAGAGAACACACACAGGAGAGAAACCUUAUAGCUGUGAUCAAUGUGGGAAGAGUUUUACUCAAUCAAACAGCCUGACUCUACACCAGAGAACACACACAGGAGAGAAACCUUAUAGCUGUGAUCAAUGUGGGAAGAGAUUUGCUAAAUCUGGCCAUCUGACUCAACACCAGAGAACACACAGGAUUGAAAUCUCAUAGCUGUGACCAGAGAUAAUCUGAUAAAAGAUCUGAUCAAAUAUUAGAAAAACAUACAUGAAGAAGUUGUUUCAUGAUUUCAAUGAAUUAAUGUCACAAUGUAGAAUUUUUUAACAUUGUAGUAGGAGUAUUGUAAUGAUUUCACAAUGUAGAAGCCUAAACGUGUGCCCACUUAUGAAUUGAUAUCAACAUGUUAUGGAUAUUAGCCUAAUGGGGAAAAAUCCAGGCUCUGAAAUGGAAGAGUACUAUUUAUGUGAUUUAACAAAAAUUGACAAACUAAAAAAGAGUUCUCAUCAAAUCAAAUUUAUUUAUAAUUCCCUUCUUAUAUCAGCUGAUAUCUCAAAGUGCUGUACAGAAACCCAGCCUAAAACCCCAAACAGCAAGCAAUGCAGGUGUAGAAGCACGGUGGCUCGGAAAAACUCCCUAGAAAGGCCAAAACCUAGGAAGAAACCUAGAGAAGAACCAGGCUAUGAGGGGUGGCCAGCACUUUUCUGGCUGUGCCGGGUGGAGAUUAUAACAGAACAUGGCCAAGAUGUUCAUAAAUGACCAGCAUGGUCAAAUAAUAAUAAUCACAGUAGUUGUCGCGGGUGCAACAGAUCAACACCUCAGGAGUAAAUGUCAGUUGGCUUUUCAUAGCCGAUCAUUAAGAGUAUCUCUUCCGUUCCUGCUGUCUCUAGAGAGUUGUAAACAGCAGGUUUGGGACAGGUAGCACAUCCGGUGAACAGGUCAGGGUUCCAUAGCCGCAGGCAGAACAGUUGAAACUGGAGCAGCAACACGGCCAGGUGGACUGGGGACAGCAAGGAGUCAUCGUGCCAGGUAGUCCUGAGGCCUGGUCCUAGGGCUCAGGUCCUCAGAGAGUGAGAAAGAAAGAAUUAGAGAGAGCAUACUUAAAUUCACACAGGACACCGGAUAAGACAGGAAAAGUACUCCAGAUAUAUCAAACUGACCCUAGCCCCCUGACACAUAAACUACUGCAGCAUAAAUACUGGAGGCUGAGACAGGAGGGGUCAGGAGACACUGUGUCCCCAUCCGAUGAUACCCCCGGACAGGGCCAAACAGGAAGGAUAUAACCCCACCCACUUUGCCAAAGCACAGCCCCCACACCGCUAGAGGGAUAUCUUCAACCACCAACUUACCAUCCUGAGACAAGGCCGAGUAAAGCCCACAAAGAUCUCCGCCACGGCACAACCCAAGGGGGAGCGCCAACCCAGACAGGAAGAUCACGUCAGUGACACAACCCACUCAAGUGAUGCACCCCUCCUAGGGACGGCAUGAAAGAGCACCAGUUUGCCAGUGACUCAGCCCCUGUAAUAGGGUUAGAGGCAGAGAAUCCCAGUGGAGAGAGGGGAACCGGCCAGGCAGAGACAGCAAGGACGGUUCGUUGCUCCAGAGCCUUUCCGUUUACCUUCACACUCCUGGGCCAGACUACACUCAAUCAUAUGACCUACUGAAGAGAUGAGUCUUCAGUAAAGACUUAAAGGUUGAGACCGAGUCUGCGUCUCUCACAUGGAUAGGCAGACCAUUCCAUUCAAAUGGAGAUCUACAGGAGAAAGCCCUGCCUCCAGCUGUUUGCUUAGAAAGUCUAGGGACAAUUAGGAGUUGUGUUACACUUACCACGUUGGUGACCCACUUGAAUCAAAAUGCAACACUUCAAAAUGUGGCGUGCUGUUUUCUACAAAUUGUCCUCUAACCAGGGAUGUACUCCCAGAUUCCAGAUUGUGGUUUUUGAGCUGUUAGUUUUAACAGGACGUGCAACCUCAUCUCUCUCCUCUCUCACAAUUUUUUUAGCAUGAUAUCGAUGAGUGAUGACAAAUAAGUGUUGCAUUCCCUUGUUUAGCGACCCCUAAAUUUAAUGCAUCACUCCCAAAUGUAGCUGACUCUUCUGCAGGUUGUCCUCUAACCAGGGAGGUAAAAUAUAUCUCCCAUUUCCAUGUGUUUUUUUUUGUUCAGUUUCAACAGCACGUACAACCUAAUUUCCCCCCUAAUCGAUAUCAGUGAUUUAUUGCUAUUUGUCAAAACAACAGUGUUUCUGGUGCUUGUGCAGUUUAUAAGGAGCUUGUUUAAAAAAUACAAGUAAUGUGAUUAUUGUGGCAGAUGUUUGUGUAUAUAGCACAUGUUAUGUUUAGGUUUUCAAUUUAUCCCCAAACUGUUCCUGCAUAUUGGUUAUUGAUUUGGACACGUUAAAACUGUGUUUUGACAUUGGGCUAUCCCACCAAGCAAAAUUAUAUUGAAAAGACGUUGAAAAUAUGACUAUGCAAUCAAAUAUUUCAUAUUUACAUUUCA